CCUACACUUGCCAAUAUAAAUAUGUUCCUUCGUCGGUCAAGCAGACAAAAGAUACUGUCAUAGUUUUUUCCGUAUAAUCAGUCAUAAAGACAUGAUAACUACUCUUUAUACCACCUACACUGAGGAACCACGCGCAAGGGACGCAAGCACAAAAACGGCGGUCGACGCGGAAAGUCGCAGGAAAAUGGUGCCCGAUGGCCACAGUUCGUCAUCCUCUAGCUCUAGAGCUGCUAGGAAUCGCUCAUCCACCUCGAGCGCGGAGGAAGUCCAUAUAGGCAAAUAUCGUUUGAUAAAAACCAUCGGUAAAGGGAAUUUCGCCAAAGUAAAACUCGCCAAGCAUGUGCCAACAGGAAAAGAGGUGGCAAUCAAGAUUAUCGACAAGACACAACUGAACCCGAACAGUUUGCAGAAGUUGUUUCGAGAAGUCAGGAUUAUGAAGUUUCUUGAUCAUCCCAACAUUGUGAAGUUGUAUGAGGUUAUAGAAACAGACAAAACCCUGUACCUUGUAAUGGAGUAUGCAAGUGGAGGUGAAGUGUUUGACUACCUUGUUGCACAUGGCAGAAUGAAAGAGAAGGAGGCCAGAGCCAAAUUUAGACAGAUUGUAUCUGCUGUCCAGUACUGCCAUCAAAAACAUGUGAUUCAUAGAGAUCUCAAGGCUGAGAACUUACUGUUAGACGCAGAUAUGAACAUAAAGAUAGCAGAUUUUGGUUUUAGUAAUGAAUUCACUCCCGGAAAUAAACUGGAUACUUUUUGUGGGAGUCCCCCUUAUGCGGCACCAGAACUGUUCCAAGGCAAGAAGUAUGAUGGACCAGAAGUAGAUGUCUGGAGUUUAGGUGUAAUUUUGUACACUCUUGUCAGUGGAUCUCUUCCAUUUGAUGGCCAAAAUUUAAAAGAAUUAAGAGAAAGAGUCCUUCGAGGAAAAUAUAGAAUACCUUUUUAUAUGUCUACAGAUUGUGAGAACCUAUUAAAGAGAUUUUUAGUGCUAAAUCCAAUGAAACGAUCCCGACUAGAGCAAAUUAUGUCAGACAAGUGGAUGAAUUUAGGAUAUGACAAUCAGGAACUCAAACCUUAUAGUGAACCCACGCCUGAUUUUAAAGAUGAGAGAAGAAUAGAAAUUAUGCUGCAAAUGGGAUUUUCAAGGGAUGAGAUUGGAGAGGCUUUGACAAAUAACAGAUAUGAUGAAGUCAUGGCUACCUACCUUCUCUUGGAUGAGAAGAGACAAAAGUUAACAUUGAAUGGGUCCAGUGACCCACUUAUGGAAAACACCAGUGCCCCAAGACCAAGUACAUCAACGCCAUCUGGUGUUCCUGCACCCAUUCGGCCAAGUCGUGCAAGUGCACGACGUGAGAGAGGAGAUAGGGAGUUACCUAGAAGGUAUACUGAGGGUCGUGUUCCUCAUAGCACAGGCCACACUGUUAGCAGAGCGGCAACUGAAACAGGUGGAACAGUGUCCAGCCAAGGGAAACCAAUGGGAAGAGGGGAAAGAGAGAGAAGUGGUGUAAUAAAGAAUGCUAUCCCUAAUGAUGAACGUGUACCCAAUUCUAUUGGAAGAGCAUCAAACCCAAACAAGGCUGAGAUACCCGAGCGAGCUGCAGAUCGAAACAGAAGAGGAAAAACCCAAAGGCAACAAAGUAUGCCAGGAAGCAUCAUCCGACGCAAUACUUAUGUUUAUGGAGAGAAAAGGGCAGAAGACAGGAACAGCACCUCGCAAACACCAUCAAGUCAAACCAAUGGAAAGGGAGAAAGCAUGACAGAGCCAGGCCCUAGUGGCAGCAGUGUGGCUUCUGGCAGGCCUAUGUCUAAGCAGCCCCCACCCGAUCUGGGUAACAGGCUUUCACCCACACGUAGAUCUCUUCCACCAGUUGCUAUACAUCAGGAAAAUAGACAUAGAGCUGGGAGAACAAAUCCCAACACUAACUCAGACAUACAACCCCCACCAUCACGGUUAGGACCUAGAAAUGUGACAGCACGUAGCACGUUCCAUAGUGGUCAGACACGACCUCGCACACAGAAUGGACCUGACAGAUCCAUUGACCCUAACAGCCCUGGGGCAAGGCAAGGCUUUCUUACCAAGCUUACAUCAAGAUUUAGUAAGAGUCGACAGUUGGACCCCACAAUGACCUCAAGGCCCGGUCCCCAAGGACAACGACCAAUGGAUCAAGCCCUGUCUCCAAGGGAACCAAGAGAAAUGUCACGUGGGAGCAUGGAAGGCAGUGGUCAGGGGGCCCGAGGUGGUAGUGCAUCUGGGGUAAAGUCCGCCUAUCCGGACCCAAAGUCCCGUAUGAGCCCCAGGCGUAAAUCUCUUCGAGGAACGUUUGCUAGGCUGUCGCUCAGAAAGCACAGAAAAAGAUCAAUGAAUGAUACAUCACUGGGCGAGAAGCCUCGCUCUCUUCGUUUCACGUGGAGCAUGAAGACUACAAGUUCUAUGGAACCACAAGAAAUGAUGGAUGAAAUUAGAAAAGUAUUGGAAUCUAACAGCUGUGACUAUGAACAGCGGGAAAAUUUCCUUUUAUUUUGUUGCCAUGGCAAUCCCGCUGACGCCAAUCAUGUUCAGUGGGAAAUGGAGGUUUGUAAACUGCCUCGUCUGUCUUUGAAUGGCGUACGUUUUAAACGAAUCGCAGGCACUUCGAUUAAUUUCAAGAACAUCGCUUCGAGAGUAGCGAACCAGUUAAAGCUGUGAUGGAGAAUUUCUCAUCGUAGGAUCACUCGACUUAUUGAACUCGAUCGACGACUCACCCAACUCUGAAGACAGUUUAGAGUAUUUGAAAUACCUCCCUUGAAAAUGACUGCGCAACAGGCCACUAACUUAAAGAUAAUUUGGGUUUUUUAGAACUUCGCAAAGUCGCUCAAGAAUGGAACUUCAAUUUUGUUAAGGCGGGCGGAAGAUUUUGUUUGUUUUGCACUUUAUUGUCUGCGUCAGUUCGACAGUGUUGCGAGAUGGUUUUUACUCGCUACAGAAUCACAGUACAUACUAAUGACAUGUUUCUACGAGUUUGGAAAAUUACCAGAGGACCGAGAACUUGUAAGUUCGUGUAAAUAACCAUAGGAAUUAUUUAAUUUUAAUGGAGGGUAGUAGAAAAAACUGCCCGCACGACCCCUGACUGUAGUGGGGUAACAUGUUUUCUUUGCUACUUGUGUUUCACUUAGCAGGUCUUCGUUGUUCACGUGUGAAGUGCAUUGAAGCCUUUACACCAACCAGAAACUAGUCUCUGGUUCCCUCCUUUCUUUCGGCCGGGUAAGCUGAAGAGCUUGGAGCAGAAGACCGCUCCACGAGCAGAUUGAGUGAAACUACAAGAAAUUUUUCAGUUGUGGAAUGUUGCCGCAUAUUUCGCCUGAGUUACGCAAAUAAUGAUGAAAACGUUUCAUCUGCACGCAACAGUCCUUUUUUCCACAGAUAUUAGGAUUGCCAUCGGAAUUUUUCUUCUCUACAUUCGUGAAGCGUUUUGUCCUGGGUGAAAAUUCCUUAAUACUAGUUUAUUAUUUGGCAAGCAUUUCACAACUGAAUUAUCGAAAUCUAAUUUCGCUCUGAAUGUGUUUUGGUGCUCUACGUGAACAGAAAUUGCCUCGUUAAUUUAAUGACCGUUAAUUAUUUUUAAUUAUAAAGAGAUACUUCAUUGCCCAGCACAAGUAGAAAUUUAGUGACAGAUCGUAAGUGUUUACCUAAUCCGAAUACGACGCGAGUAAGCUUCGUGAGUGUUCGGUUGGCAACGAAAUUCUGUUUUUUUUUCUAAGGUCAAAUUCUCACAACAACCCCUUGAAUUCAAACGUUUUCUUUUGUAUAGGUUAAGAUGGUACCACUUAAUAUUCGAUCUUGUACGUGCACAAAGCAAAAGCUAUGGUGACCUUGAAUUUGUUGUAAAUUACACAACAUCCCCCCCCCCCCCACCGUUGCAAAGUUAAUAGUCACGCAAGUCCGUCUGUGGCUAAAUUUUAUUGUGAAGGGUCAACGCACUUUUACAGAUUGGAAACAAAAUAACUUAGAUGCAAUUAAUUAAACCAUACCUCAAUUUGGAUUGAUGUUGUACAUUUUCAUUGCUGGUAGGAUCGUAAUUCAUUUCUGUAUGAUCUUGGUAGAAUAAAUCGUAACUUGAUGUAACAAAACAUCACUUUUUCCACGAAAUCAAUUUUUUUCCUCAGUGCUGCGUGUGAACAUUUUGGAAAAACAUUUGAAAAGGACUGGAUACCCGAAUUCAUUUAUUGUUUGUGUCUAAUGAAGGCGUAAAAAAAAAAUGUCGCGUUACUCUAGUGUGACUCGCAACGGCAAGAGAUGUGUGGCGUGACUUGUGUCACGUGUUUAGCUUGGGUUAAUUGAUUGGACUGCCUGAAUCACGUGGAAUUCUUUCUUUCAUUCCUCGCCACUGACUCUGUCUUUGUAAAUAUUAUUUCUAAGGAUUCCAACCUAUUAUAAAGUGCGAGGCAAUUUCUUGGUAUGUAAACGGUCCUUUGUCGCUUUUUAGUCAAUUUAGGGUUAUCUAUAACAAAUAUAUUCUUAAACAUGGAAAA